AUUGAAGGAGAGGUUCACAAUCAUAUAGCAGAGAGCAUUCGUCCAUACAUUGAUCUGAUUGACAAUCUGCGGUCAGUUGGCAUUCAUAAGGACUUGGCAUUACCGACCAUUGCAGUGAUCGGAGACCAGAGUUCAGGAAAAAGCUCUGUGCUGGAAGCGCUGUCUGGAAUUGCAUUACCAAGAGGAAGCGGAAUUGUCACCAGAUGUCCACUAGAGCUGAGGUUGAAGAAGGCAAAAGGUGCAGUCAACUGGAAGGCUGUUCUGUCUUACCGUGAUAAGAAAAAAGAAUUUGUCGAUACCUCAUUAGUUGAAAACUACAUCGAAGAAGGUCAGAAUGAGCUGGCAGGAAAAGGGGUAGGAAUAUGUGAUGAGCUCAUCACUUUAGAGGUCAUGUCACCAGAUGUGUGCAACCUCACACUGAUCGAUCUACCUGGAAUCGCCCGAGUGCCAGUACAAGGACAACCAGAGAAUAUUGAAAAACAGAUCUAACGUCUGAUCGUGAAAUUUAUUGAGAAGCAAGAGACUUUAAACCUGGUUGUGCUCCCUUGUAAUACUGACAUUGCAACAAAAGAAGCAUUAAAAAUGGCACAAGAAGUAGAUCCUGACGGCAAAAGAACUGUUGCCAUUUUGACCAAGCCAGACCUCAUAGACAGGGGAACAGAGACAACAAUUCUGGAAAUUGCCCAGAACAAAACAAUUCCUCUCCGCAAAGGUUACAUCAUGGUGAAGUGUAGAGGACAGCAGCAGAUCAAUGAGAAAAUUUCUCUGGAGGAGGCAGCACAAAAAGAGAGAGAUUUCUUCCAAAAGCACAACUUUUUCAGGUUGCUUUGUUUGAGAAGCGUUCCUCCAAACCUGCUUGGCCUCACAUAG